AACACUCUCAUUUGGGCACUGAAGUAGUUUAGACCACAAAAUGGCUUGUUCUUGUUGUACUAUCAAAGUAUUACUUGUUUGUUUAGUAAUCAGUGUAGCCCUUUUGGUAGUGUCUCUAGCACUAGCUUUUAAAGUAUUUCCUGACCUCCUAGAAUCUGAAGUAAAUAAGGCUGUUAGACUCGAGGAAGGCACAGAACAGUAUGACAGAUUCGUUGAACUACCAUUUCCAGUCGAAUUCAAAGUGUAUCUCUUUAACGUUUCUAAUCCACAACAAGUUUUAGAUGGAAGUGAAAAACCUAAACUCACGGAAGUUGGCCCCUUUGUAUAUAAACAAUACAGGAAAAAAACAAUAUUAGAUACCAAUGAAGGAGAAGACACGAUUUCAUACACCCAAAAGGAAACUUUCGAAUUUGACGCAGAGGCAUCUCACCCAUUAAAAGAAAAGUCAAACUUGACGGUUUUGAAUCCCGCAUUGAUGUCAAUUUACCAACUGGCUGAGGAUCUUCACUUGGCCGGUGCUGCAGACACUUGCAUUAAGCAAACAUUUGAUAAUAACCAAGGGAAAGUUUUUAUAGAAGCAAACGUAAAAAAACUGUUAUUUGACGGUUUUCAAUUCUGCAAUAACACUUCACCUGCAAUGUGUGGCCUCAUAAACGACGUAAUAUGUGCAAUUGCAGCAACGAAAAGAAAUUCGGAUCUUUUGGCCGACUAUUCUUUGAUAUUUUCGUACUUGAACUAUAAACGAAAACCAAAUGAUGGCAAAUAUACGGUAAAGAGGGGUCUUACCGACAUUGAAAAAUUAGGACAUAUUGUUGCAUGGAAUGACAGUUUGUAUACGAAAUUUUGGGGAGAAGGUACCACAUGCAGUGAAGUUAAAGGAACUGAUUCAACUCUUUACCCUCCAAGAGUUAGUACGGAUAGUUCUUUUUAUAUUUACUCGACGGACAUAUGCAGAUUUGUGGAAAUCAAUUACAAAGGUGAAGAGAGUUACAAAGGAAUCGAUGGAUAUCUCUUUGGAACCAGUCCUGAGACUUUGCGAAGCUCCACCAAAGAUCCUGAAAACGAUUGCUACUGCAGCAAACUGAGCAGGGAUAUGGAUGGCAAAAAAAGUUGUUUCUUGGAUGGAGUAAUAGACAUGCAAACUUGUUUCGGAGUGCCAGUGCUUUUCUCAUUUCCACACUUCUUGUGGGCUGAUCAAAAAUAUUUAGAUGCAGUGGAAGGAUUAAGUCCUGACGAGGAUAAGCACAAGACGUAUCUCGUGGUCGAACCAAAUACUGGAACUCCUCUACAAGGAGUGAAAAGAAUUCAGUUGAAUGCUGUCAUCAGGCCGAUUGUUGGAAUAAAAUCGAUGAUGCAAACCAAGAGAGCUUUGUUACCGCUUUUGUGGAUAGAAGAAGGAGUGUCUCUGCCUCAAAAAUAUGUAGAUGAACUAAAUUCAAGUUACUUUGACAAGGUCCAAUUAGUCGAUGGUGUUAGAUACGCUCUUAUAGUAAUUUCAGCCAUAUUGGUUGGUAGUCUUGGAAUAGUUAUUUUACGAAAACGUUCACAGGCUAAACAUAAUGUGUAAUGAAUGUACAAAAGUUAAUAUUACAUACUUUUGUUGUAAAUAUAAAUUUUACCCCUGA